AUGGCAGUUCCCGUAGCUGCGCUGCUGCCGCCGCUGAGCGCCGCGUCCGGCCCGGGUCUCCUGGAGCACAACAUCCACCUCGGAGACAUGGCCCUGGGCAGGAUGUCGAGCGACAGCGACAUGGACAACCUGCCGCUGCACUCGCCCUGGACCUUCUGGCUCGACAGGUCUCAACCAGGUACAACAGCUGCGGAGUGUGAAUCAAACCUGAAGAAAAUCUACACCGUGGAGACGGUCCAGAACUUCUGGAGAGUUUACAACAACAUACCCGGUGUCUCCAGUUUACCGCUGAGGUGUAGCUAUCAUCUGAUGAGAGGUGAAAGGAAACCACUCUGGGAAGAAGAGAGCAACGCUAAAGGCGGUGUUUGGAAAAUGAAAGUACCCAAAGAGAGCACUUCUUCUGUAUGGAAGGAGUUGCUGCUGGCUACCAUUGGAGAACAGUUCAGUGAUUAUUGUUCCUCAGAUGAUGAAGUGGUCGGCAUCAGCGUCAGUAUGAGAGACAGAGAAGACAUCGUUCAGGUCUGGAAUGGAAACGCUUCUUGUGCUACUGAUUCAAACAUCUUAGGAAGGAUCUACGAGCUUCUCCCACAAAUACCUUUCAAAGCGGUGUUUUACAAACCACAUGAGCAGCACCACGCUUUUGAAGGAGGUCGAUCCAGACAUUAGCACAUUUUGUACGUCCGAACCCUCCAGACACACAGUAUUUUUCCUUGCUUAUGAGCGUGUGUUUUUCGACUGUGAUAAGUUGGCAAAUGUUUUGACGCUGUUGAGUUCAUAGUUGCUUAAUGAAUCAUCUUAAUUACCUCAAAUGGAGCCCGUGAAUUAUGAAGCUCAGUCGAUGCAGUUUCCCAUCUUCUGAGCACUACUGUCAUUCACAACGAUAUCCCAAAUAACCUUUAUUUUAGCCAGAGGCGAAAACUCUUUUAGUUUCAUUUUAUCAAUGGUAGUUUUUGUAUGUUUUUAUACCGAAGAGUUUUGCAAAAAACCUUCACGAAAACAGCAGAUCAUGCACAGCCAGAUUUUUUAGAUGUAUUAAACAAUAUCGGCAACCUGCAGAGCUGGAGAGCUCCUGUCCCCGCCGCCAGCCACGGUUUUAGACCUUUUUUACUUAUGCUUAUUGUUUGUUUUUAAAGGAAACAUAAACUUUAAUGGCAUUUGUUUGACCUUCGUUUGGACAGCCAUGGAAAUUCAGAGUGCUGCUUAAAGCUGUUCACUAUUAUGCGACCUUUGUGUCAUAGAGCGGUGAAACACAUUUUCAGCAUUGAUGAUGUUAAUACGAAUUCUCAAUUCCCUUCUCUUAGUGGAUCUGGAACUUGCACAUGUGUAGGUCUAAAACUGUGGCUGACAUGACUCACACAUACGUAGGUCUGAAACAGUGGAGGACAGAGCCUCUCCGGCUGAAUAUGUUUCUGAGUCUUACUGUUUAAGUAUGUUUUGUCCAGUUUCCUGAGCACAGACAAAGCCAGGUCUCCAAUAUAGAUCUGUUUUUUGGGGGAUCUAUAAGCAGAGUUCCACAAGGCAAAGCUUUACCUUAACAAUACAUUUGAAAGCUUUCUAGUCGUCUCUCUUCUCUGUUUUUUAUGUCUCAGCCAAAAUACUGUUGCCCCAAUGAGAGAACAUACAUAUUUUGUUUGCUGUAUUGCUAAUAUAUGAACAGAAAAUUGCACAUUCUUUUUUUUCUAUUAUUUUCUUAGUUGGGUAAUGAGUUAGUUAUAAAUGGAAUAUGUUCUUGUCAAGUUUCAAAUGACCUCAGUACACAAACUAUCAUGACUAGAUGCUGAGAAAUAUAUGCAAUCAUUUCUAUUCAGUAGAAUACGUGGCAAAUUUGCUGUGUUGUGGUUGUCCUGAAUAAAGCACUUUGUUUCUUACUGUAAAUGUAUAUGACAUCAGAGAGUCCCUCUAAGAUUAUAUGGAGCUGUGACACCUGAGACCAAAUACGCUUGGGCUUUGUGUCACCUUUUUCUGAUGAAGUGUAAAACUGUUGUUUUUUUUGGUCAUGAGUUCUGAUUUGUUUGCUUUUAGUUGUAAUUAAGACAUGUGGACUUUACUUUUUGUAUUCAUAUGAACUGUGUUGAAACCUAGUCUUUGGAAAGCAGAUAACAACAAAUAAUCACACCACUAAGAGAGAGAUCUUUCACAGGGGCAUAGAAAUAAAGAUGUUCCUCUUUUGUUGGUAUUAUAAUGAGUAUAUACAAUUUGUUAGAAGUCAUGCAAUCAGUGAAGCAGGGUCAGAUCUGUGUGAAACAUGUAAUCGGAUGGUCUCUGCUGCUGCUCCCAAACUAUUUCACUGUCUCUCAAAUCCAUAGCUUUUAAGUUUAUUUUCUGUGUUCUUACAUGUAAUAGGUUUUAUUUGUUAUUUGUGAAAUUAAGGAAGUUGAAGUAUUGUACAACUCACCAAAGGCGCCUUUCCUGUGUGUUUAGUCGUUAGUGUGUGAGUGACAGAGUGAGAAUGUGUAUAGGCUGCAAAGAACACAGCAGAAUUUCUUCUAGGGGUUGUAAAAAUACAAAGACAUUUUUUAGGAUAAUCUCUACAGAGAUAUUGAGUUUGCAUUGGAUUGCUGCUUUGAUUCAUCAAUCAAAUCGAAUAUUUAAUUAUUUAAAAUGCUGGUGUCUCAAUUCAAGUCCUUUCAAAAUGUAAGAUUUCACAGCACUGACUUUGCCAGGCUUACUGUUGUCAACUCUGUAUUUUCCUUAUUUCAUGUAAUGCUUUUUUAAACACGUGCAGGACAUAAGUACACACAGGAGAAUUAACAACACUGUCCCCCUGCACAUAUACAGACCUUGUAACUGAUUGUUGAUCUUAGACGGUGCCUUGUGUUUACCAGCAGCUCAGAAUGUAAACGUCACCUAUGUUCGGCAUGUUGGACUUUUGUCAUGUGUCUCUGUUAACUUUUACAUAUGUUUGAAAAAAAUAAAUUCACUGAAAGUUC